GGAAGACAUUAGAAGGGCUACACGUGAGCUUCUGGAAGCGGAGACAAUCGAAAACAGCAAACUUCGAUACAAAGUCACGCAUCUGCCCGGAAUGAUAUCAAAGGAAAUAGAAGCUGCGGUCACAAGUGCUCGUGAGUCUGUCUCCUCAGAGAUGCUGCAGUUACAGAAUGAACUGAGAAGUAUAACCUUGGAACUGGAAAACACUGAGAAGAAGCAACUGGAUUUUGAGAAACAAAAUUCUUCUCUUGGGAUUCAAGGAAGAACACUUUGGGAUGAACAUGAAAAAGCAGUUGAUCUGCUCAACCAGCAGAUGGCAGACAAGGCCAAUCAAAGCAUGCGUGUGAACCAGACUCACAGCAAGCGGAAGGAGGCUGAAGAAGCUGUCAUUGAGUAUCAGCACAAAACUGAAGAUCUAGCUGAGGAUAUGGUCAUUGAAAGAAAACAAUUCACUGAAGAGAAGGAAAACCUAGAAACUCAGAUUUUAGAAACACAAAGGAAGACGGAAUCCCAGGAUGCCAGAAAUGAAGAAAAGAAGUUAUACCUUAAGCAGCGGAGAUCAGUACUGUUUGAUGUGGAGGAGAGAGUUAAUAGUGAGAAAGAGAAUGUAUCAUCCCUGAAAAAUAAGAUUUUACUUCUUCAAGCUUCACAUGGAAGACUAACGAAUAAACUAGACCUUCAGAAAAAACAGUCUUUGGAUUUGUCCAACAAAAUAGAUAUGCUAGAAUUACGAAUGAUUGAUCAAAAAGAGGAUUUUAACAGAAAAAGUGAUUCCUUAAAAGAUAAUAUAUCAAAGCUGGAUGAGGAAAUGAGUACAGCAGGGACACUACAGCAGUCUAUGGCAGAGAGGCACAAAGCUUUGAAGCAGGAAUACCAGGCUGCAUCUGAGGAAGAAGACAGACAACAUGCCAUGAAGAAAGACACAGCACUGCAGUUGGACAGAUCCAGAGAUCUUCUCAAUGAGAAGCAGGAAUUAUUAGGGAAGAUAAGACGGGAGCUGAAAGAAAUGGAUUUGGAGUCAGAAAGCCUGGUAGAGAGUAUGCGAGUCAUCACAGAACAACUUGGUGCUCAAGUAGAUGAAUCUAAGGAAGACCUGGCAAAUGAAAGACAGAAAAGAAUGGCAAUCCAAAUUAAAAAAGAUGAAGUGACAAAGGAGAUGGAGCUGUGGAAACUGUUUGAGGAAACCAUAAUGAAAGAAUUAAAACAAAGAAUAACAACAGGACAAAAUAAGAAAAUGUACUUAACCACAGAGGGCAAACGUCUCCAGGCAGAAAUUGAGAAAUGGGACAAAGAGAUCCGCAGUGUAACCAAGGAACUGGAAAAAGCAAGUAAAGAAUAUUUAAGUGAAGAAGAGAAUCUCAAUGAACAGAUAAAGACACUGGAGGAGAAAAUCAUGGUCUCUAUCAAAAACUUACAAAGUGAGCAAGAAAAACUGGCCAAUAACAUUCCCAUUAUGAAGGAGGCUGAAGACACCUACAAUAAAGAGAACACAAGCUAUGAGGACUUGAAGACACAUGCUGGAGAACGUAAAAGCAGACAGAAAUCCUUGGCGCUAUCCAUCAGUAAAAUCGCUAAGGACAUUGAGGCCAACGUAAAGAUAAAGGAAGCUAAGAAGGGCUCUUUAAAGGCACUCAGAAACUCUGCAUUUAAUAAGCUCCAGAAUAACCUUGGAACCAUAAAGCAGAUUGACAAAGACAUCUAUGAAAUAAACAGAAAACUCGAGCUUGUUAUCAUGGAAAACUGCAGGCUGAAGCUGCAAAACACCCAGUAUACGGAUGAUAUCGAUGCAAUUAAGAUCGAAGCAGAAAAGCACAUAACAGCUGCCAAGCAGCUGGAAGGAGACCUGGCGUCUCUUAUCGAACACCUACAUAAAGGCUGGGAAGACGACCAUUUUAUUUGCAAUGAAAGGAAGGCGUCCGCUGAACACUGCUGCCUUGGAACAAGGACAUCCAAUGUUUAA